AUGGUGGCUAAUCUGCUUUCCAAUGGGCUGUUGCUCGUGCAGCUCUUCGCUGCGCUGGCUAUGGGGAAGUCGCCGUCCUCGCCUCUUUACAAAGAUGCUAGUGCUCCAGUGGAGAAGAGGGUCAAGGAUUUGUUGGGCCGGAUGACUAUCGAGGAUAAGAUGGGUCAAUUGAUCCAAGGUGAUGUCACAAACUGGAUGAAUUCAACAACCGGAGAGUUCAAUUACACCGGUUUGGUGGCAAAUAUGGAAAUGAAGGCGGGAAUGUUUUAUGUUGGAUACCCUGUUGCUUGGGAUUGGAUUUCUGAUAAUAUCAAAAGAGGUCAAGAUUAUCUGCUUCAGAACACUACCUUGGGAAUCCCUGCUAUUGUGCAGACUGAAGGUAUCCAUGGAUUUUUGAUUGGCAAUGCUACCAUCUUCAAUUCGCCUAUCGCAUAUGGAUGCUCUUGGAACACAGAUCUCAUUGAGAAGAUGGCAGAGAUCAUCGGACAAGAAGCCAAAGCACUUGGCGUCAGUCAACUCUUUGCUCCCGUUGUUGAUCUUGCCCGAGAGCCUCGAUUCGGUCGUGUCGAGGAAACAUUCUCUGAGGACCCAUAUCUCUCUGGGGAGAUUGGCUACAGCUACGUCAAAGGUGUACAAAGCAAGAAUGUCUCGUCCAUGGUUAAGCAUUUCGCCGGCUUCAGUGCCCCGGAGCAAGGCAUCAAUACCGGUCCAGUUCACGGUGGAGAGCGAGAGCUCCGUACAACAUGGCUUCCUCCAUUCAAGCGUGCCAUCAUCGAUGCAGGUGCUUGGUCUAUCAUGGCUGCCUACCACUCAUAUGAUGGAAUCCCUGCAGUCUCCGACUACCACACUCUAACCGAGAUUCUGAGAGAGGAAUGGGGCUACGAGUACUUUGUCAUGACCGACGCAGGUGGCAGUGACCGAAUUUGCAGCUAUUUCAAAUUGUGCGAGAGCAAACCUAUUGACAUGGAGUCCGUCACCACGCAAAUUCUGACUGCAGGAACUGAUGUUGAAAUGGGUGGUGGUUCAUUCAAUUUUCAGAAAAUUCCCGAGCUUGUCAAGUCCGGUAAGUUAGAUAUCGCGGUUGUCGAUACUGCAGUGUCCAGAUUGCUCCGGGCCAAGUUCGAGAUGGGUCUCUUUGAGAACCCUUACCCUGCUGCUCCAGAGAACCAGUGGAACAAGCUCAUCCACAGCACAGAAGCUGUGGAACUUGCAAGAGAGCUGGAUAAGGAAUCGAUUGUAUUGCUCGAGAACCACAAUGAGACUUUGCCUCUCAAAAAGUCGGGAAACAUUGCAGUCAUCGGUCCCAUGGCUCAUGGGUUCAUGAACUACGGCGACUAUGUCGUGUACAAGAGCCAGUACCGAGGCGUCACACCUCUGGAUGGAAUCAAAGCAGCAGUGGGCGACAAAGCCCAAAUUCACUAUGCCCAGGGAUGCGAGAGAUGGAGUAACGACCAAUCCGGCUUCGAUGCCGCAAUUGAAGCAGCCAAGAAAUCAGACGUUGCCGUCGUAGUCGUCGGAACAUGGUCUCGAGACCAAGGCGAGCUCUGGCAAGGCCUGAAUGCAACGACCGGUGAACACGUCGACGUGAACGAUCUAUCCCUCGUCGGUGCCCAAGCCCCUCUCAUCAAAGCCAUUGCAGACACAGGUGUCCCGACAAUCGUCGUCCUAUCCAGCGGCAAACCGAUCACAGAUACAUGGAUCGCAAACUCCACUUCAGCACUAGUCCAGCAAUUCUACCCCUCCGAGCAAGGCGGGAACGCGCUUGCCGAUGUCCUCUUCGGCGACUACAACCCCUCUGGUAAACUAUCAGUUAGUUUCCCACGAUACGUAGGCGACCUGCCUAUCUUCUACGACUAUUUGAACUCAGGGCGCUCAAUCGGGGACUCUGGACAAGAGUUCGACAAUGGCACUCUUGUCUUUGGACACCAGUAUGUUCUCGGAAACCCGACUCCGUGGUACCCCUUCGGAUAUGGCAAGAGUUAUUCGAAAUUCAAGUAUGGUGCUGUGAAGGUGGACAAGAAGACUGUUUCGGCUUCUGAUAGUACGGUUACUGUUACCGUUGACGUGACCAAUACCCAUGCCACCCGUGAGGGAACAGAGGUUGUGCAGGUUUAUGUUAAGGAUGAGAUUGCUUCGGUGGUAGUACCGAAUCGGGAGCUGAAGGGCUUUGAGAAGGUUGUUAUUCCUGCUGGGAAGACGAAGACUGUGAAAAUUCCGGUCAAGAUUGAGAAUCUUGGGGUUUGGAAUACGAGUAUGAAGUAUGUUGUUGAGCCAGGGAGGUUCACAGUUCUUGUGGGGAGUAGCUCGGAGGAUAUUCGUGGGAACGCGACUUUCACAGUGCGGUAA